ACUGGAUACUGAGAAAGAGAGCGCUGAUUGCUUUUCAAAAACAAAUGAAAUGUCUCUGUGAAUUUAUUGCAGGCAGAGCAGGCCAGGCCUGGUGUCACUCUUGCAUAUCAUGCGUUUCAAGUGUUUGAUCAUUUAUCACCAACAUUUAUGAUUACUGCCAUUUUUCAAACUCAAUCCCACAAAUUUGAAAUCAAACGCCAUGUUUAAAUAGCCAUCCAACUUCAAUUCACUCUAACCCAUUUUCUGUUGUUACUUUGUGAGUUGCCAUUGAACUCCAAAAGUAAAGAUUCAAAUGGGUUUACUAACAAUGUGGCUGUAAAGAACUCAAUAUGGAGGAUACUGGUGUUGAGAAAAUUGAAAUGAUCGAUGAAAAGAAAGACGAGGGCUUGUUGGAUGAAUGUGGGGAAAGCAGUUCAGCCUCUAAUUGUUUGGCCUCAUCAGUGACUGAAGAUCAUUGUAGCUCUGAUGCUUCUGCUGAUGCUUCUCCAGAACUGGACACGCCUAAGUUCGAGUCUAAAAAUUCUGAGAUUGAGAUGAUCAAGGAAAGAUUCGCAAAGUUGUUGCUUGGGGAAGAUAUGUCUGGUUGUGGAAAUGGGGUUUGUACAGCAUUGGCGAUUUCGAAUGCAAUUACUAAUCUUUGUGCUACCCUUUUUGGCCAAAUUUGGAGAUUAGAACCUCUACCUCCUGAGAAGAGAUCAAUGUGGAAAAGGGAAAUGGAGUGGCUUCUUUCUUGUAGUGACCACAUUGUGGAGUUGACACCAUCAUGCCAAACGUUUACGGAUGGAAGCAAGCUUGAGGUAAUGACUUGCAGACCCAGGUCAGAUCUUUAUGUUAAUCUGCCAGCUCUCCGCAAGUUAGAUGACAUGCUUUUGAAAAUAUUAGACAGCUGUGAAAGUACUGAGUUUUGGUACGUGGACCAAGGUGUUUUGGCUCCCGAAGCUGAUAUCUCGUCCACUUUUAGGAAACUCCAACGCCAAGAGGAGAAAUGGUGGUUGCCAGUUCCCAGAGUUCCAACCAAUGGCCUCAGUGAAAUUGCAAGAAAACAGUUGCAGCACCAACGUGACUGCACGAACCAAAUACUGAAAGCUUCCGUGGCUAUCAACAGUGUCACUUUAGCUGAUAUGGAAAUCCCAGAUAUGUAUUUUAAAGGCCUUCCGAAGAAUGCAAGAGCUUGCUUGGGCGAUCUUAUAUAUCGAUAUAUUGCAUCUGAUCAAUUUACACCUGAAUCUCUGCUAGAGUGCAUCAGCUUGUCUUCAGAACAUCAAGCAUUGGAAAUUGCAAACCGAGUGGAGGCAUCAGUUUAUGUUUGGCGUGGAAGAACAAACCCAAAGUCUUUAAGCAGCAUGAGCAGAUCCCAUUCAAGAUCGUCAUGGGGAAUGGUGAAGGAGUUUGUUGUUGAUUCAGACAAGAAGGAAUUGCUUGCAGACAGAGCUGAAAGCCUGCUGGUAUGCUUGAAGCAACGGUUCCCGGGGCUCCCUCAAACCACCUUAGACAUGACUAAAAUCCAAUGCAACAAGGAUGUUGGAAAAUCCAUCUUAGAGAGUUACUCUAGAGUUUUGGAGAGCCUAGCAUUUAAUCUUGUAGCACGUAUUGAUGACCUCCUCUAUGUGGAUGACUUGACAAAGCAUUCAGAUCCCUUAUUGCCAAUUCCUAAAGUUGGUUUAAUGACUCAAAAGAGUCUUCGGGUUCCAAGCACACUGCCCAUCACGAGCACUCCGUAUAAAACAUCUUUCAACACUCCCAAAUUUUCACGUACACAGUCAGGAACUGUCAAGGGUAACAGAUCGCAGUUAUCUGGUAAGAGCAUGCUUCCCAAUCGUGGAUUUGGCGUGCAAAAGGUUUUGACCAACUAUCUUAGCAUCGAAACGGAAGUGCAAAAUUAUGGCAGUCAACUCAAGAGAUCGAAUUCGUGUUCAAAUGCAAUUCGAGAACCAUGAGGAUCUCUGUGUUUUUUCUAAAGCUUUCUUCUUAUUUUCAAAGCUAUAUGUGUAACCUAUUCUCUCUGCGUGCACAAUUUGUAACAUAUUUUAAUAUCAAAUGCUCCGAAUAGCUCUGGAAAAAAGAAAUGGUUUGGAAAUAACAUUUCUCUGAUUAUAGUGUUUCAUCUUGUUGAUGAGCUCCACCUAGAAGAUGGAUGAUCAUUAAGAAGACUUGAUGGAUAAAACUUGCAUUGUUAGGUCUUAAUCUAUUGUAGAAAUGGAGUUCACAUAUAUAUCUAGUAGUCCUGUAUAUAUAGGAAAACAUUAUGUACAAGAUGGAUACAAGAAUAAUAUUCUUCUCCUCAUCUAUGAUUUAGCUGCUGCUUCCACGGAUGACACCGGAGAUGAGGGCAAGGCUGGAGCCAUUCAGUUUUGCACUCUACUCCGCGGCCAUUGCAACAUUUGCAAACCAUUCCUAAUGUCCCCAGGACUUUCGAGUAAGAGGAGGACCCCAAUGGUCUGGCUUCUGAACUUGUGAUCAAAACCAUACUCACAAUAACUAACAAACUCACCAACAACAACGUACUAGCCUUCAAACUAGCCAUACAAAAAUCUCAAACUCGAUU